GCUGCUGGGAGACUGAGUGAGACGAUGGAGGACUUGAACAGCAGGGCUCCCCUGCCUGGGAACAGACCUCAUUCAUUUUAGCAACAGCCUGACCUCAGCAGGCGCGCUGGUGAGUGAGAUUCAGUUGAAGGAUUUUCCUUUCCGUCCUCACAAACGAGCUUCGAGCCCCGUCCCGAGUUCCCACAAGCUGCUGCUGCCCGUCUGUGGCUGAACGUUCCUCUCUGCGGACCUUCCGUCUCGCUCUAUGGUAAACCGCUCGAGUAGAGGUAACGAAUGUCGAUGACUCGGAUGAUGUCGCCGCGUCGCUCAAUCCCUGCGGCUCGGAACCAGCUCCGCUUUCGUGAUAUCGACUCGGAGUCAUUGCCGCUUUCGAGCGGCAAGAGCGCGAUUCGGAAUCUCGUAGUGUUUCGAGGCCCCAUCUUCGGCGUGCUGCUCGCCCUAUGGCUGCUCUCGGGUGUGUCGAUCGCGGCGUGGCUGUGCUACUCGCGGCACUCCUCGUACCAAACCGACCGCCGUCAGCACCUCGACACGUGGUGCUACGAGCGCGCCAAGCUGUUCGAGCAGCACGCGCUCACCGCCGUCAGCCAGAUCAGGACUCUUGCCGGGCUGGCGUCCGUGAUGGGCAGGCCCAGGGGCCACGGCAGCUGGGCGUGGGACAGGUGCCUGACGGAGCAGCAGUGGGACGCGUAUCUGAACCGCACGGGGUAUGCGCGGCCGGGGAACACAGGCGGUACUAUAUGCGUCUUUGUCACCGACCAAGAAAGGCCGGCCUUUGAACGUCAGUACGGGGGGCCCAUCCUCGGGUUGACUGGGGAGCCGCAGCAGCGCCAGCCGCUGUACUGCCCGGGCGUGUUUGAGAUCCACUACUACCGGGGCUCGGGGCUCAUGGUCGACCUCAUGCAACGACUUCCGGAGGAGCUGACCUUUCUGAGGAGCACCGGCGAGCCCAUGUUCAGCUUUGCCACGCCCAUUGCGAAUCUCUCCCUCAACCUCACUGGUGUCUCCGUUGGCUUCCCCAUCUUGCAGCAUCCGCUGCUGCCGAACCCCACUGAGGCACAAGUCACAGAAGCUGUGAUUGGAGCAGCAGGGUCCGUUGUGGAUCUGGUGUCCAUCGCAAGGAACGUGCUCGAGAAGGUGUUCACCCCAGACCCGUUGAUCACAUUUGAGGUCUAUGACAUCACGGACCCCAACGCCCUGACUAUGAUAUACGGCCCGGGCCCAAGGCUCAUCCGUUACAGAGAGAGGGACCUCAUGCCCGUGACCGCCGCCUCGCCCUCUAACGUCACACGCCCUUGGGAGGAGCGGGCAGUUGUGCAACUGGAAUUGCUCGGCGGUCGCUUGCGCAAGUACGAGGUUUGGUGCCGAUACAAUCAACCGUCCAAUGGGUGGCUCUCCUGGGGCGUAUUCCUCUGGGUGUUCCUAUCGCUGGCGGUAUCCACCCUCAUAGCUGGCGUAGCAUGGCAGCAGCGCAUGGGGUACCUGGCAAGCGAGGAGGGUUUAGUAGUGGCGGAUAUGCUACGAGCUGAAGCACGAAAAGCAGAGCAGUCCAAGAGCUCGUUUGUGGCGUCGAUGUCGCACGAGCUGCGCACGCCCAUGGUGGGCAUCAUGGGGCUGCUGGACGCCCUGGCCGACAUGGGGCUCUCCGCCUCCCAGGUGGAGGACGUGAGUGCGGCGCGCGCAUCAGCGCACGACACCGUGCGCCUCGUCAACCGCGUGCUCGACCUCUCCAAGCUCGAGGCCAGGAAGAUGGGCCUCAGCUGCGUGCCAUUCGAGCCUCGUGCUUGGUUGGAGAGCGUUGUUGUCGACAACUGUCAGGCUGCUCACCAAAAAGGGGUACAACUGGUGGGCAUGGUGGAUGUGAACGUGCCUGUGGUGUUGGAGAUGGACACCAUGAGACUCACACAGGCGCUCAGAGAGCUCAUAGACAAUGCAGUUGGCUACACAGCAACCGGCCACGUGUUGGUGCGCGUGUCUGUCUUCCCCGCUGCCACCACCCUUGAGGGCGCCCUCAACCUACUCAAUGCAUUAGACACCCCACUCCGAGCCUCUUCUCCUCCUCUUCACCCCCCUCCCCCUCCUCCUGGCGGCUCUUGCUCCUCCUGUAUGGCUUACCUGCUCGCGUUUCUGCCGCUGCUAGGAAGGGCUGCAUGCGAGGCUUCUCAUGCAGAAAGCGAGGAGCAGGCAGCGACAGCAGGAGUAGUAGUGGUAGAGGGCAGAGGAGGCGUUCGGGGAGGUGGGCGUGUGAAGUCGGGCGGGGGAGGGGUUGGGGGGGACUGCUAUGAGGGUGGUAGUGGGUGGAGCGAGGGCAAGGGAGGCAUGCAGCUGGUGGUGUCGUGUGAGGACACAGGGUGCGGCAUCGAUGAUUCGAUGCUGGAAGGGUUGUUUGAGGUCAAGGGAAGACUGGAAAGUGGAGGAGCAGGGCUGGGUCUUGUGUUAACACAGCAGCUGGUGUCCCUCAUGGGUGGUCGUGUCGCCUGCUUGUCUCAUCCCGGCAUCGGCUCCACCUUUGCCUUCUCCGUCCCCUUCGCUGCGCCCCCCUCCUCGCCCCACACCCCCCUGACUAUUGCUGCUCACACUCCUACCGCUCGGUCUCCGACUUCUCACACUUGCGGCAUGGAGGGAGUAGCUGUUGGCGUGGUGGGGUCUGAUGCACAAAGAAGGGAGCUCAUGGGUCGCAUGUUAUCAGGUCUCGGAGCACAGGUGCACCUGUUGCCAACGCCAGCAACAGUAGAGUCGGGAGUCACACAAAGGCCGCUGGGAGAAACAGGGGCGAGAAGCCACGGGGAGAUUGAGGGGAGAAGACACGGGGAUUCUGCUGGCUCGGUGACUGGCUUAUAUGGUGGGAGAAGAGCCAGAGAGGGAGAAAGCGAGGAAGGGGGAGAGGGAGAGGUAGGAGAGAGGGGUGGUAUGAGAGAGGGUAUGCGCUGGGUGGUGGUGGUGGGGGAGGAGGAUGUGUGGCCGCAGCAGAGUGAGGAGGAGAGUGAACUUCAUGAGGGGGAGAGUGUGAACUACAUGGCUGGUCAGCAGUGCAGUGGGAAUGUGGGGUGGGGAGAACAUGGGGGAGGGAGAGGGGCGGUGGGUGAGGAGCAUGAUAGUAGAACGCCUGGGGUGGCGAUGGUGCCUGCAGGGGCAGCGGCAUGGGCGGCAGCCGUGCGGGUCGUGAGGCGAGUGGAAGGGAUGGCAUGCGGUGGAGAGGUGGUGGGGGCUGUCGUUCUGGCGGGCUGCUGGAGUGGCGAGGAGAUGGGGGGAGACGAGGGAAUGGGAGAGGAAGAGGAGGAGGAGGAGAGGGAGAGGAGUGCAGACGGGGGGGAAGAGAGGCAUCAGACUGAGAUGGCCGCUUGCCCUGCCUCUGCCAUCUCUCCCCGUGUGAUCAUCUGUCGCCGCCCGCUGCUCUCUCACCAUCUGCACCACGCUGUUCAGCUGGCAGCAUUCGGGCUUGAAGCCAGCAGCCCAUCUCCUGGCAGCAGAGCCUGUGAGGGGUACGGGAGCAUCCAGCCCUGCGGUGUAUUAGAGGGCAGCAGGGGGCAGAGGAGCAGAGAGUUGCGAUUAGAAGAGCAGGCCUGGUUAGCAUGCUCCAUGGAUGGGCAGGGUGACACUGAGGAGGGUGAUUAUAAAGAGAUCUGUAGAACAGAGGAUGGCGCACAUGAUGGGGGGAGGAGCAUGCCCAUGCACGGCGACGACGUCAUGCGGUCGACACCCUUGGAUGCCUCCUGCGGUUUCAGAAGCAGCAGCUUGGGAGACGGUGAGGGGACUGGCAAUGCUGGCGGUCACAACCAUGGGGGUUCUAACGUUGGCAAUGCUGGUGGUGAGAGCCAGGGGGACGUCAGAACGUGGGCUGCCGCCGGUAGAUGCAGCAGCCUCACAGGAGGCACGUUGUCUUGCAGUGCAAGCAUGGAGCGAGAGAGGGGAGCAGCAAGCAUGGUGAGCCUUGAAGAAGCCGCAGCAGCAGUGGCGGGAGUAGGAGGAGUUGCAGGAGGAGGAGGCGGUGUGAGGCGAGGAAGCAGCUAUGUGACUGGCAGAUGUAGCCUGGAAGGAUCCUCCUCCUCAGCAGCAGCAGCAGCAGCAGCAGCGGCGGCGAUGGCGGCAGCAGGAGCAGGUGGAGGGUCGCGUAGAGGGGUCCGUGAACGCUCCAUCACAACGACUGCAGCCCUAACAGGCAGCGACUCCCUGUCAGCCCGGGAGGUCACUGCGGUGCUGCAAGGGCUGGGCGUGCUGGUGGUGGACGACACGGGCGUGAACCUGGUGGUUGCCCGCCGCACUCUGAGUCGAUGUGGCGCCGCUGUGGCCACGGCAGGCAGCGGGGAGGACGCAGUGCGGCGGGUGAAGGAGGCCAUAGGGGCUGGUGUGGGGGAGGAUGGUGGGGGAGAUGAGGAGAAGGCGGCGGUUGACGUGGUGCUGAUGGACCUGCAGAUGCCGGGCAUGGAUGGGUUCAUGGCAACAGAGGCCAUACGAGCACAUGAGCAAGCCACAGCCGGUCAGCUUGCGAGAUCGUCAGAAGGGGGAGCGGAAGCAGCGAUUGAAGGUUCAGCCACCUCUGUUGCUGCCCCUCUAGUCCCCUCGGUUCCUCGAGUGCCCAUAGUGGCACUGACAGCGGAUGUGGAUGAGGAGAUUACUCGGCGCUGCCUUGCGAAUGGCUUUGAUGGCAUUCUGCAGAAGCCAGUCGACCCCAAGCUACUCUCGCACCUGCUGCUGCACAUUGGGAAGCCAUGCAGACUGGGGUCUCUUUGAAGCCUUUCAGAUCCAACAGUUCACAUUCAGCAGUGAUUUGCACUGAUAUGGAUGGUGAAUAGAGAAUUGAUUCCUUCGUGGGUUAGAUGUACUUGAUAAGGGCGCAUGAGCAUGGGCACAGCCCUUGGGCAUGGGUAUAUACCAAGAUCAUGGCACAAGUCUGAGGAGGCAAGCCACAAACAGGGCACAUGUCUUUGUCAAACAUGUGUAUCUCUUAUGUUUGCAUAGACUGUAUAGGGUCACCUCUUAAAGGGUACAACACUUAGAUAUAUUCACCUGUACUCUCUCUCACUAGUCAUUCA